GGGGAUUUUCUUACUGCUGCACGUUUCCAUGGAGACACACUAGCUGGAGUGGAUCUGCAAGGAAGUGCUUUCCCCCGCUGCCAGUGCCAACCAGGCUGGGGUAGCAGAGCGUGGGAGAGAGAAAGAGGGAGGGAGAUGGGUUAACUGCACUGCUGAAGUUCCCUCGCUUUUUGUCUGAAGCAGGCCUGUGGCGUCCAUUUUCCAAUUUUCACCGAAGCAUUCAUCACACAGCCCACUGCAGCGCGGACCAGAGAGGGGAGCUGAGACCGGCCGAGGGAUGUGUUGAGGGGUGUGACUGCCACACUGACUGCUAUGACAGGGAGGCAGCUAGCCAACGAGAGUACAGAAUGAAGAGCAAGUCAAGCACUUCACCGUCUCCUCCACCCAAAAAGAAAAAGAAGAAGAAAUCUGGACACAGGAGAAGCCGUUUUGAGAGCUCUUCAUCACCGCGGAAAGAAAAGAAGAAGAGAAGUGGAAAGAAGCACAAACGAGACAGGUCUGCUUCUGGUUCCAGGAAGAAACGUCGAUACAGAUCUGGGAGCCCAAAGAACAAACAGAAAGACAAGAACAAGCACAGAAAGAGAUCCCCUGUCGAAUCCCCCGGCAGGUCACACCGAAGAGGGAGCUGCUGCAGCUCUCGCAGUGCCUCGCUGUCUUCAGUGUGCAGCUUAUCUAAAUCUCCUAGCAGACAAACUCCCAAGCACAGAGCGGAUGGGCAUAGGGCUUACUGCUCCCCUUCUAGCCGCAGUGUGUCUCCCUCGCCCGCCCGAGGAAGCCAGCCCUCCACCCCCUGGCAGAAUGGAAAUCGGGACCCCACCAGGAAUGGACGAGAGGACGGGGGAAACGAGCUCCCUGCAGAGAAAACCCACGAUAGGUUUACACUGUCCGCCUCUCCAAGGGUUCAGCCCAAGCUUACCUCUGUGUCCCCACGGCCGAAAGACAACAAGGUGCAAAAAGUAAUCUCUAGGAGUCCUGGAAAUAUGUCCCCCGCUCCCGGAGAGGGCUAUUCCGCUGAGUAUGCUGGGAGGCAUCGUUCCAGAUCCAUAUCAUCCAGCAAGCGCAGUGAGCGACAGAGGACUGCAGCUGAGACACACAGAGAGCCAGGACACUCCCCAAGCCAUACCGGCUGCAGCAGCGACUCAGCACACUCACAGCUCAGCCUCUCACAAAAGAGUAAAAGAAUGCAGUUGAAAAAGGCAAAGGACUUGCACGCCAUGCAGCGGCAUCACAGAGUCCGUGUCGUCGGUAGAAACAAGAGUUCCUCAACGUCGCCGCUCAAACGCGAGAAACGCGGCCGACACGACUCGGAGAGGAAGAAGAGCGCGCCUCGCAGCCUGCGCCAGCGGAGCAGCUCCUGCAGCAGCAGCCGCUCCCCCUCCCGCUCCCCCUCCCGCGAUCGGAGGAGCAAAUCCAAGUCCCCACACUCCAGACAAAACACGUCCAGAGAAAAAGACAGUGAGGCCAAAGCACACCACACUGAUAGCGAGGCCAGAGCCAGGAGACGUUCAAGAAGUUAUUCUCCGAUCAGAAAGAGGAGACGGGACUCGCCCAGCUUCAUGGAGCCAAGGAGGAUUACGAGGUACGACAGAAAUUCAUGCUUGUGAAGUUCACUGUUGGUGAAGCCUGUUGAUAUAUAUUCUGUCCUCAACAAUAGUGAAUUUUUAAAUAUACCCAUUUUUACUGGCUGGUUUAGUCUAUUGUUAUGGCUUGGUGCCUAGCAGCAUAUGAUAUUGUCAGUAAUGUUUUUUAUUUUGUGAUUGCCUGUAUUCCUUUGUAGUGAUUCUGAUGUUUUAUCUGUGGAAAUUCAAACUUUCCAUCCACUAACAUGUUUUAAGAGACGGACCAAAGCAAUGUUAUAGUAAAACUGGCUGGAAAAUGUAACCUUGAGAAUAACAAGAGUCUACAUAAUCAGCAGCAGUCUAGCCAUAUUCAUUACUAUAUACACUUCAGGAAAAAUUACCAUAUUGUUUUCAUACAAUAUAUGGUAAAACUGAGCGAAGUAGGCAAAUGUUUUGCCACUGAAAAUGCACAUCUUGACUGAUAUAAUGCAUGCUCUAAAAAUAGUGCUUGUAAAGAUCUGCCAUCUGCAUUUUAGAUAUAGGUUUGUUCAAGACCUUUCGCUUUUCAGCCAAGUGGAUAAAUUAACAUUAUUGGGUGAAUUUAUUAAGGCAGUAAGAGCCCUACGGAUUCUGUCAUUAACGUGUCUUUGUAUGUAAUGUGUUGAAAAUAGCCAGCCAAGCAACUUGUGACUCAAUGAAUUAUUCAUAGUCCUACCAGAGCUCUCCCAAACUAUUCUGAGUUCCUCAUGUAAUAUAAUAGAUGUGUAAAGUAAAGUAAGGCAAAGGUCAAGUCUGUCCCCUGGAUAUUAAAAAGCAUGUGCCUCAGCCUAACCAGCACAGUGCAAUUAGCGUCUUUGAUUUUGCACCUGGGGACCUACCAUUUGCCAAUCU